AAAGAUGGUCAGUGACUUUACAGAUGUUACGCGAAUAAGGAAAAUAAUACGUCAAGUUUACAGACAACUGCAAAUUAGAAAAUAAUGAAAUAAGCAAAUGAGAUGUGGCAGAGUGAACACAGGAUGCCGCAAGGACUAGUACACAAACACUCGCCAUGCUGAUGGACCAAGAGCCAGUGAGUUUAUUCUCUCCAUGGGCUUCAUACGACAUUGGCUCCUCUCUACUCGGCAAACAAAGCUGUCGUGUAAGAACAGGAAAUUUAGAGAAGAGCAGUGGAGUUGGAGGAGGGGGAGAUGGAGGUGGAGGAGGUGGAAGUGGGGGACUCGGAGGGAGCCGAAUAGUCGACGCCCUCAUCUCCAGUGUCCUUGAUGAAACUGAUCAGCUAGGUCUUGCUCACCUUCAGGAUAAACCAGACAAGAGCUGUAGCAGUACAAACAGCAUUGGCAGCUCAAGGGGUAUGGGCCGGGAAAUUGGAAGUGAUGGGUUGUUGUGGGGCACUGGGGGUUUGGGUAGAGGAAGUCACUCGGAUGACUUCUAUCCCCCUGCUGCUCAUCCCCCGACCCAGUCUGACUUCAUCCACUAUUUGUUCGAUACUGCAGGUCAAGAGGAUGAGACUGGAUUGCAGGGAAAUUAUGGAGAGUUCUUUCGAGAGCGGGAAUUAAGUGGAAGCUCUCGAGAUUCAGGCUAUGGCUCAUUUCUCGGGGUAGGUGGAACAGGGUCACCACCAGGGAUGUCCUGUAGUAGUCAGGCCUCCAUCUGUGAUGUUCGAAAAAUACCAGUGGAUUCUCUUGGCCUUCCUACAAGUAGAAAUAUCAGCCAUGACUUUGACCAGUUUACAAGUGAAAUGAAUGCACAGAAGAAUUUCAUGGAUAACUUGCAACGUCUCAACCAGCUAAAUGGUGGCAACUCUCCUGGGCUGUCUCUUCUUUCUCCUUUAGGAGACCUUGAACCUCUCUUACUUGGGGCAUCUGAUCUAGGGGAUACAACCCUUGGACUAAGUCAGCUUCUGCCUCCUACACGGGAUCUCCCACAUGAUCUUUUGCCUCCUUCUUCUACUCCUACCUCCAAUGACCCAUUCUCCAUAUCAUCCCUUGGUGUUAAAUCAAAUAUUGGCGUGGAUGUAAUGCGUGGCCAACCAUCUUCGUUAGCUGGAGCUGGACCUCCUAUUCAAUCGCCACAUCAGCCAAGCAAUCUUAAUGACAAAGGACAACAAAUGGCUAAUCUUCUAAGUGGUAUGGGUAUUCAUGAUGGCUCAUCACAGCCCAACAUUAACACACUUAGUACUCAUCACCUGGGAGCUCUUGCAGCAUUGUGUGCACCAAAUCUCUCUGCUUCGGCAGGUAACCAAGCUAACUCGGGUAGCCUAAAUGGUCAUACCCUUUCAAACAGACCUCAGUCAUCACCAAAGUUUCUAAAUUCUCAGCAGUCCAUUUCAACAAAUGGAGAAAUAUCCCCCAGCAUUAUGCGAAAACAUCGACCAGAAGAUGAACGGGGUGUUCCUAUGUGUGUGACCUCGCAGUCUGGUAAUCAAGGCUCUCCUCCAGUGUCAAGAGUGUCAGAACAACUCACAGGCCCUUCGAAAGAUGGUUCAGGACAUUGUGGACCAGUAGGGCCACCUCCAAAGGGGCCAUUUUUGGUCCCCCCACCAACAUUCCCACCUACUGAUGGUGUUCCCCCGUGGGACUUGCUUCCUCCUAUGGCAGAGAUCUUUCCUCCCCAUGGACCUCCACCUCCAUUACUGCCACCAAACACAGACCUCCUCCCCCCAUUUACAGAUCUUCCACCUCAUCCCCUCCUAUCUAUACCACCGCCAUUGCUGGGAUUUAGACCAUUCAGGCGUACUGGGGGAAGUGGUGAGCUACAUUCACGCUUGGAAGAAUGUUAUGACCAGUUUCGCCAGCUUGAGCGAGAACGUAAAAAGACUGAAGCAGAACUAGCCCGAUGUUUUCCAGGGAAGAGAGUUUCUUCCGCUAAUACGGUGCCGCUCCCUCGUCUCCCGCCAUCGCCUUCCCGUGUUGACCGACUCAUUAUUGACCAUCUCCGGGAGCAUGCAAGAGUAGUCACAUUAGUGGGGAAAAUGGAGAGGUUGCGAGGCUCUCCCCUUCAACCUGGAAUACAUCGCUCUGUUGCUCUUUGGCUUGAAGCGGUUACCAGUGUUCAAGAGAAACGCCGAGAUGAGGUAGUUAAUGCAAUUACUCAGCGUCAUAAUCCACUACCUAAUGCUCAUCACACCAGUGAACAAGACCUGAUAGCUUUGGCAUCAGCAAUGGGAGGACUGGCAAGUGCUAGUCGAGGGGCCCGAACGGCCAUGUUCUGUGCCCUGACACUCACUACCCACCACAGCAUGGAGCCAAGCCUGGCCACUGCUUCAUCACUCCCAGCCCAUCUACUUCCAGAGUCACACUCUCCAACAUCAUCAUCCUCUCCUGACUGCAUCCCUGAACCACAACAGCUCUCUCCUGUAACUUCUUCUGCUCCUUUUAUGCCCUCUGUAAAUACCGGUGUGAAUGCCACCUCCACCAUCCCUACUACUGUUGGAGGUAAUGGUGUAGCAGUGACAACAGCCACACUUGACACAAUCACUGUGGCUCUGAAGGAUGAAGGAGGAGCAUCUAGUGCUUCAGCAGCAUUAACCUCAACCAUGGUAAAGUCUAUCAACUCUACUACCUCUUCACCCACUUCUCUGACUGAUCAGUAAAAACAGCUUAAAAGGAGGUUUAGGCAGAUUAUUAAAGGAAUGAGCAGAUGCAGUGACAGAUGUCAGUAAGUAUAAUGCCAAGAAAGUUUUUGUCUCUAGCCUGAUAUGUGUAAUUCCAUUUAUAUAUUAAUUAAUCUACUCACUUAACCAAGGGUUUAAUGUAUGUUUAUCAUUUAUAUCAUAGUACAGAAUAUAGUAAUUGUAUCAGUCAUUUCAAUUGCAAAUCAUUACUAUAACCCACAAAGGCAGCAGUCAGUCGGGUGGGUGAACCAGCACAAUCUCAGGGUCUUUGUUUGCUCCUAGGAAUCUUGUAAUGCCUGAGUGUAAUAAUCCAAUUGAUGCGUUGGCAUUUUUUUUUUUUAUAUGGGUUUUUAUUCUUUUUCUUUUUCCUUUUUUAUGCAAGUGUUAAAUGCUGUUUACCUCAAGGUUUAUAAUUAGCAUUUUAAUAUAUGACUCGUAAGGCCAAGUUCACAGGGCAAUUAUAAACACAUUGCCUCCUUUUACUGUUUGUAGCUUAUUAUACUUAUUUUUUUUUUUUUUGAGAAAUAAAGCAAAUAAUGAUCUUUAAUGUUUAAAGUUAAUGUUUAUUAUUGAUAAAUGCUCAGAGAGGGGUAUGAUUGCUCUGUGACUUGACAUUCUUUUGAGCACUGAUUAGUCACUGACGUCUAGAAUUUUUUGAAGAUGUUUCCGAGUAAUUAAGUGUUGAGAUUGCUCACAGUUUCAAAACGGGGGAUGACAUCAAGGGUUGAAAAAAAUAUAUUUGUCGAACAUUUCCUCCAGUAUGCAAGUGACUUGUUACAUUAACAGUGAUUGGUAUGUGGUUAAUGUUUCAUGAUAAUUAUAUUAUGUUUAAGAAAAUGUUAGUGAUUGCUUGUGUGUGUAGUGCAAGUGUAGGGCUAGUUCAUUAACUUACAUUUAUGAUGAUGUAAAAAGUUAACCAUUCCCAUUGUUGACUAAAUUGAUGGCCUACAAUAAUUUAACUUCGUAGAAAUCUUGUGGAGUGAAGCUUUGAAUUAACUUGAUUAAUUUUGUUUAUUAAACUGUUUUCUAGUGUUAAAGUCAAAUGAGAAAGGUUAUCACUAUAAGCAGCGUACACAUUUACUGCUUGUGAAAUAGCCAAUAAGAUGUGCUUAUUAAAUAAAGCCAUGAAUGUCUGGAUUAACAGUCUCGUCCCAGAUGAUGUCACCCCCCAGUGUAUACUCGCGUGGGUUUAGGGAGCACAUGGUAAUCAGGUCCAUUAGUAUGUAUAUAGGAUUUUUAAAUUAUUGUUAUUUUGCCAUAAGGAAGUAUUACUAUCUAUAUAAAUAUUUAUCAUAUCUUGUAUAAUAUGCUAUUUAGGAUACGCAAUGCUGAUAUGUGACACUAAACAUGACAAUAUUGAUAACUGAUGUUCACUGCAUUUCUGGCUGGACCAAUCUGUGGGUCUUUAAGGUCUACCUACCAGUACUGCAGUUUGUGUAACUCUUCCUUAAAGCCACCCAGGGUUAGCAUAUUAUUGUCAUUAGGAGAGUCUAAUCAUGACAAUCAACCUUGGUCCAUAUAGAUACAAGUCAGAUGGAUACUCUAUAGAAUAUUAGGAUAUUGUUCCAUAGGAAAGCAGUAAUUUGAGGGAAAACAAAGAUGAAAAGUAUCUUGUGAUCUGCACGGAAUGUCAUCUUCCUAAUUGACUUUUGUCGUUGGUAGUUUCUGUAACCCAAAAUUAGGGUGUAUGCACGAAUUGCUCAAAGAUUUUGUCGUUAUUGCCUGUCUUACAUGGCCAAAAGGAAUUAAUAUGCAUUAUUGAUCUGUGUAGUUUAGAAUGGAAUGUAACGUAACUCAAGAUUUCUUGUAUAAUUUUGCAAGAGCCAGCAUUUUAGUUUUUGUUAGUUCAAUGUAAUCCUCUGUGGUAAGCACUGUUGGUCUUUUAUCAUUGUACCAGCACUUGAAAGCACUGCAUUAUUUUUCAGGCCAGAUAUUAGAAGGUGCUGCUCCCUAAGCCAGUGAAGAUUGUAAAUAUAAUCUCAUAAGAACACACUUAUGGAAUUCAUUUAAGUUGUAAUGAUGUAGUAAUAUUG